UUCGUUAUCCAUCAAUUAGAUUAGGUAGUUAUAGAUGCUGUUAUUUGCUUGAGCUGAAGGUAGUUGUGGUUCUCUCUCUCAGUCUCAGGCCACAAACACAAAUAAAUAGAUAAAUAAAUAAGGCCAUUUUCUGGUGGAACGGGUCUUAUUUCUCCUUUUGCGUUUCAGACCGCAUGUCUCUCUCUAUCUCUCUUUCUCUCCGUGGCAUGUGUUGCGUUUUGCCCUCUCUCUCCGCCAACUCAGUGUAACUGUAAUUGCAUCUAUUUUCCUCACAUUUGUAACAUCUCGGAUAGAAUCUGUGCCAUCUCUACAGGAACGCGUGUCUCUCUCUCAAUCAUUGUAGUGGUUGGUUAGUUAUGCAACAAAAUUAUUGUAAGAAACUCACUCUGAGGGGAUUUCAUGAUUUGAGUGGAGAUGGAGAUCGUGGCCACUAGAAACAUUCUGAUCUUCUUGCUCUGUGUUACUGUUGUUGCUCCAAUUCUGCUCUACAGCUACCCCUCAGCUGAGCAAGAGCUUGUCCAAGAUCUUCCUGCUUUUGCUAACAAUGCAGCGGACUCUGCCCGUUUAAAUCUACUGCCCGAGGAAACUUCAGCCGUCCUUAAGGAACCAAUUGGGGAUGUACAUACCAAUGACUCCACCAGCAUAAAGAAAUUGCCUCAUGACUUGCAAAUGGGUGAAUCUAGGGAGCAUUCAUCUGGCAGGGUAUUGUCAGCUACAAAUGAAGGGGAAAACCCCAUCAAACUAGUUAUAGAUGGAAUCAAGCAAGGAAAUCAAAGCAACUACCUGGAGAAAACGAAUGCAACCAGUGAUAAUGUUAAUCCAGAAGAUGCUAUUGACGUUGAUGACAGUGAUGGGAAACUUGCAUCUGAAACUACGACUAAUAAACAAGAGCAAAAAACUCGUGAAUCUUCUAGCAGAAUAAAAAAGAAAGCACAUGUGUCACCAGAAUCGAACAACCAGAAUGAUGGAAUACCAUCUGAUGCUCGGGUACGGCAACUAAAAGAUCAGCUCAUUCAGGCUAAGGUAUUUCUUUCACUUCCAGCAGUAAAGAACAAUCCCCAAAUCACUCGGGAGCUUCGAUUACGAGUGAAGGAAGUCUUACGAACUGUUGGAGAAGCAAGCCAAGAUUCUGACUUGCCUAGGAAUGCAAACGAAAGAAUGAAGGCAAUGGAGCAAUCAUUGAUGAAAGGAAGACAAAUUCAAGAUGAUUGUGCUGGGGCUGUGAAGAAGCUUAGGGCUAUGCUCCAUUCAACUGAGGAACAGCUUCGUGUGCACAAGAAACAGACCGUGUUCUUAACACAAUUGACGGCAAAAACAUUGCCUAAAGGUCUCCAUUGUCUUCCAUUGCGCCUCACAACUGAAUAUCAUAGUUUAAUUCCUUCUCUACAACAAUUUCCAAACCCCGAGAAGUUAGAAGACCCUCAACUAUACCAUUAUGCAAUAUUCUCGGAUAACAUAUUGGCAACAGGUGUUGUUGUGAACUCUACUGUUGCCCAUGCAAAGGAUGCCUCAAAACAUGUUUUUCAUAUUGUUACCGAUAGGCUCAAUUAUGCAGCAAUGAGGAUGUGGUUUUUGGCGAAUCCACCAGGCAAGGCAACCAUUCAGGUUCAGAAUAUUGAAGAAUUUACAUGGUUGAAUUCAAGUUACAGUCCGGUUCUUAAGCAGUUGUCUUCUCCUUCCAUGAUAGAUUAUUACUUUAAGACUCAUCAGGCAACUUCUGAUUCAAACUUAAAGUUUCGAAACCCAAAGUAUUUAUCUAUAUUGAACCACCUCCGCUUCUACUUGCCUGAGGUGUUUCCAAAGCUCAACAAAGUGCUCUUCUUGGAUGAUGAUAUAGUUGUUCAGAAGGAUCUGACUGCACUGUGGUCAAUUGAUUUGAAGGGAAAUGUAAAUGGUGCUGUAGAAACUUGUGGCGAAAGUUUUCAUCGCUUUGAUCGCUAUCUCAACUUCUCUAAUCCUCUCAUAGCCAAGAACUUUGACCCUCAUGCCUGUGGAUGGGCAUAUGGUAUGAAUGUUUUUGAUUUAGUUGAGUGGAAGAGGCAAAACAUCACUGAGGUGUACCACAACUGGCAGAAGCUGAAUCAUGAUAGGCAACUAUGGAAGUUAGGGACAUUGCCACCUGGUCUUAUAACUUUCUGGAAACGCACUUUCCCAUUGAACCGAACUUGGCAUGUCUUGGGUCUUGGCUACAACACCAAUGUCAACCAAAAAUUGAUUGAAGGAGCUGCUGUGGUACACUACAAUGGAAACAUGAAACCAUGGCUUGAGAUAAGUAUUCCCAAGUUUCGAGGUCAUUGGACAAAGUAUGUUGACUAUGACAUUGUAUAUUUGCGAGAGUGCAACAUCAAUCCUUAGAUGGGUCUCAUGUACAUUUAAGCAUCAAAGUUUUGUUGGUAUUUGGCUGUUAGCUAUGGUGCAGUGAGCCUUGUAGGAGUGCAAUUCCAUCUGUGUAGGACUUCUGUUUUUUGGUUUUCUUUUCUAAUGGUCUUUAUUCUUUUUGUAUACAUUUUCCUUCUUUGUUUAUUAGUGUAAUUUUGGAUUGUGCCAUA